AUGAAGCGCUCCUCUAUCGCCGGGUGUGCGUUACUGCUGGCACCACCUCUCGCCGCCUCCUUCAGCCUUCCCGAUAACGUAGCGUCCCUCGUUGACACAUCCGUCGACCCCUGCGACGAUUUCUACCAGUUUUCAUGCGGUGGUUGGCUCGCAAAGCACGAAAUCGAAGCAGACAAGUCCAUCGUAGAGUACUCGUUCGAUAUGGCUCAAGACGGCAUGGACGAGACCAUUUUACAAGCAAUCGCCAAUGACUCGACGUCGUUAACGGGGGCUCUCUUCGCUUCUUGCAUGGACAUGGACGCACGCAAUGCGCUUGGAGCAAAGCCUCUACAGAGCGGACUGGAGAGCAUAGUGAAGGCGCAGACCAAGCAAGAACUCUUCCGAGUGGCAGGGCAACUCGCACGUACAGGCGCAGAUUUUAUCACGAACCUGCAUCCAGCCUCGAGUCUACAGAACUCCAGUCGCAACAUCCUGUGGGUGUCUCAUGCAGAGCUGACCUUGGACGACGAAUACUACGAGAACCCUCAAGUGCUCACGUAUGUCGAGACAAACCUGUCGGAUUACGCGUCUACGAUACUCAAUCUGACGGGGUUUCAACUGGAAUCAAGUGAGUACGACGACUACGGAGAUGUGGUGCUGAGUGUGGAGAAGCAGUUAAUCGAGUUGCAGAACUACGCCGAGCUGGAUCCCGUGAGUGUCGACAUGUACUAUUUGUUCGCUUAUAAAGACGCUGCAGAAUACUAUCCGCUCGUGUUUGGAGCGUACGCAGAAGGCAUGCAGCUGCUGGACGAUGCUCCGGAACUAACCGAAGACUCGGAAGUCGCUUUACUCAGUAUUUCGUACUUUGAAAAAGCUGAAGAGUUGGCCUCGUUGCUCUCGUUAGACGCACUCAAAGUGUAUGUGGCCUUCGCGUACAUCAACAACUUUGCCACGUUCUUAAGUGACUCGUUCGUGGAAGCCCACGUCAAGUUCUUCCGUGGGGUGAUGCUCGGCGCUGAGGCUUCGUUGUCUCUGGAGAGGAUUUGUGUGGCACAUGUAGUUGAUCUGCUUCCUGCACACGCAGGUGCUGCGUAUGUGGCUCAUCGAGACGACAUCAAGACAACUGGAGACACUUUUAUCGCCAUGCUGGAGGAGAUCCUGGAUGCGAUGGCUCACAAUAUCAAGACACUGGACUGGCUGGACGAGCAGACGCGAACCAGUGCCUUGUCGAAGCUCGACACACUCGAUGUCAUGUAUGUGGCGCCUGACGAUGCACAGCUGCAGAAAGAAGCUGAAGGUCUGGCCAAGUUAAACCCCACCGCCUUUUUCGACAAUGUCGAUCUGAUCUACACAGCUCAGUAUGUAGCUCUCACGUGGGCCAUUGGAGCUGAUAUAGAUCGUAGGGAAUGGGGGAUGAGUGCUGCAUCCGUCAACGCGUACUACACGCCCUACACGAACCAGAUCGUGUUCCCCGCAGGCAUAAUGGAGCAGCCAUUCUUCGACCCAAGAAACACCGCAGCUCAGAUCUUUGGCUCGUUAGGUGUAGUCGCGGGACAUGAAAUCACCCACGGGUUCGACACGAUGGGCUCCAAAUUCGACGCCAAAGGCAACUGGAACUCGUGGUGGACUGAAACUACGAUCACAGAGUUUAAGACCCGUGCGCAGUGUCUAGUCGACCAGUACAGUUCGUUCUACACGGAAGCUGAGGACGGAGUGCAGCUGAUUCCUGUGGACGGUAUGAAAACACUUGGAGAAAAUAUCGCUGAUAACGGCGGUUUACAUGUGGCCUUCAACGCCUAUAGAAACCGCGUGUCAGCCUCAAGCAACGAUGGCAACAGUACAGACGACGACCAGCUCUUCUUUGUGUCGUAUGCGCAGACCUGGUGCGGCAAAGAACGCGACGAGAUGGCGGUAGACUCGUUCAUUACGAACGUGCACGCAGUCGGCGACGUGCGUGUGAAUGGCGCCGCGAUGAACAGCGCCGCGUUUGCUGCAGCCUUCAACUGCCCCGCCAAUGCCACAAUGAACCCAAGCAACAAGUGCGUUGUGUGGUAG